AUGUCCGCGGGGCUGACGGUGAGGAGGUACUGGCACAGCAUGCUGCGACUGGGGGCCUUCUACCAGCAGCUCCUGACCGAGAAAAAGGCUUGCAGGAGGGAUAUCCCCACGCUGCAAUCCACCCCCGAGGCUGGGAAAACGGAGGAGCGCUUCCAGCCCUGCUUGCCAGCCAUUUCGGAGCCGAGCACGUCCCCAGGUGCUGCCCGGUGCAGCUCCCUGUGCCCGCGGCAGGCUGCCAGCAACGCCUCGGGCAGCACCGCCGAGAGCGGCCGCAGCAUCCCCAUGCGGGCAGCGGCGCCGUCCCCAGCACCCUGCGACGCCUGUGCCAGCGCCCAGGCCAGCCUGCACCAGGUGGGCGAAGCCAUCACCAGCAUCUGCCAGAGCCACAACAUCCCCUCGGCUCUCAGCAGGUUCCAGGAGGUGGUGGUGGAGACCACGGGGAGAAGGACGCUCUCUGCAACCGACGUGAAAUCCUGGGCCGCGGAGCAAAGCAAGGACCUCUCGCGCAUCAGCAAACACCUCCGCGCGCUGCUGGAGCUGGUCGACCCUCUGAAAUCUGAGCUGGCGGAGUCGAAGAAGCAGAGGGAUGAGCUGCAGAAGCAGGUUGAGGACUUCGCCCGGCUGCUUCAGGCGGAGAAGGAGACCCAAGCGCAGCGGAGGAAGGAGGCUGAGCAGAGCCUGGAAGUAAAGAACAAGGAGUAUUUGGAGGCUGUUGCCAGGCUGGAGCGGGACAAGGACGACCUACGGAGAGGAGCUGCUCUGCUGGAAGAACAAAUCUGCGUCUUAAAGGAAGCGCUGGCUGCCAAGCAGGCUGCUCUGCAGGAGCUGGAGGCGACCAAGAAGAGCUUGCUGGAGGACCUGAGGACCACAAUGGUGGCCAGGAGCCAGGUGCUGGAGCUGGAGGAAGAGGUGCGGCUGCUCACCAGCCAGAGGGAGAGCCUGGGCCAGGAGCUGAGCGCGGUCACCACCCAGCUGGAGAAGGAGAAGGCCAAGGUGGAGAGCAUGCUGAGGCACAAAGAGUCCCUGCAGGCCAAGCAGAGUGCCCUGCUGCAGCAGCUGGACAGCCUGGACCAGGAGCGCGAGGAGCUGCAAGCCAGCCUGGGGGAGGCCGAGGAGGACAGGGCCCGGCUGGCAGAGCAGCUGGAGGAGAGCCGGGAGCAGCGGGAGCAGAGCGGGCACCAGCUCCGGGAGCAGCAGGAGCUGCUGGACACGCUGCAGCAGGAGAAGCUGAGCCUGGAGCAGUCCAUCUCCGAGCUGCGUGAGAACGUUUCCAGGCUGGAGGAGCAGGCACAGGAGCUGAAGGAGCGGGAAAAGCUCCUGGUGUUCUUCCCCGAGCUCCACGUCCCCGUUGAGACGCAGUUUGAGAGCACCGGGAACAUCACCGAGGACAUGGAGAAGCAGCUGCAGGCCAACGACGUCAGGAUCGGCGUGCUGGAGCAGGACAACGCGCGGCUCAGGGCCGCGCUGGCCAAGGUGAAGGCGGCUGCUCGGCAGGGCGUGCUGCAGGGCAGAGGCCAAGAUACCCGACCACGGAGCCGAACGCAGGAGGUUUCACCCCCCUUCUCUCCUCCAGCUUGUCCCACAGCCCCAGCUGUGGACUCAGCUCAGCAGCCAGCGUGGCGGGGAGGCCGCAGGGCCUCCAAGCAGCCAAGGCAGCGGGGACGGUGCAGGGGCACGCGGUGGAGCCACGAGCAGGGCCCGGCAGCGACCUCCUGGCAGCCGGCGGCCAAAGCCGCUCUCGGCAGAACCGACAGGCGAGGCCGGACCCUGCCUCUCGCUGCCAGCCCGGGGCCUGCUGCUGGCUCCCGAGCCCGGAGGGAGCGGCAGCGCUGCCGGAGGAGCGCGCCCCUUCUCCUCGCACCGCACCAGCGCCCACCGCAAAUAGAUGCUCGGGGGAAUCAGGCAGAACUGAAGAGUUAACGAGCAGCGCGCAGCUGCUCACCCUU